UCACAGCAGAGAUGGCCGCGUUUCUGCAGAGGUUGCGUCAGAAGGUGAAAGUUGGAGUCGUGGGCGGUUCAGAUUUUGCAAAGAUCAAGGAGCAGCUUGGCGAUGACGUGGUUGAAAAAUUUGACUACGUUUUUCCAGAAAAUGGUCUUGUAGCAUACAAAGAUGGGAAAUUCUUGAGCAAGCAGAACAUUCAGGGUCACCUCGGUGAGGACAUACUUCAGGAUCUAAUCAACUACUGCCUGAGUUAUAUUGCGAAGAUUAAACUGCCAAAGAAAAGGGGCACUUUUAUUGAGUUCCGAAACGGGAUGUUAAAUGUGUCCCCCAUUGGAAGAAGCUGCAGCCAGGAAGAACGAGUUGAGUUCUAUGAACUUGAUAAAAAGGAACACAUAAGAGAGAAAUUUGUAGCUGAUUUACGAAGAGAAUUUGCAGGAAAAGGCCUCACAUUUUCCAUAGGAGGCCAAAUAAGCUUCGAUGUGUUCCCAGAUGGCUGGGAUAAGAGGUACUGCUUAGGAAUCAUUGCUGAUGACGGAUACAAGACUAUUUAUUUCUUUGGAGAUAAGACUAUGCCAGGAGGGAAUGACUAUGAAAUUUUCACAGACUCCAGAACAGAAGGCCACAGCGUCACAUCCCCACAGGACACGAGAAGAAUCUGUGAAGAGCUAUUUUUUAAAUAAAGGACUUCUAGAAUUCACAUUUACAAAACAGUUAAGAC